AUGAGGUACCACAAUAUGAUGAGCUCGAUCGAGCUGAGUUGGACCAAGGCUGGGGAUGGAUCACGUUCUUGGCAAAGGGAGAAAGGAAGAUGGUCACCUUUAGGCAGCUUGAGAUACUGUUUGGGUUCACUAUGGAGAAGGGAACUCAUUGGAACAUCAAGGAAAAUGAGCUCCAAAGUGUUUGGGCUACAAUCGCUGAAGGGGGUACUCUUCUUCAAGGUCCAAGGCUGCUCAGAUAGGAGUCUGUGCUUGAGAUAUGUCCACAAGGCUCUUGCCAACACCUUCUUUGCAAGGAAAGGCCACUGGACAAUCAAUGAAGGAGAAGUCAAGCUCCUUGACAUGGGGAAUCAAGCCCAUCAUCUCACGCACAAGAUGGGAAGAAGAUCAGAGGAGAUAGGGCACGCAGGGAAUCUCAUGCCUCUCCUUGAUCAGCUCCUCUCCUACAAGCACCACAGCUACAACACUCGAUUCAACAAGGGAGGAAGCUUAGUGUUGGAGGAUCACACCAAUCCUAUGUGCAGCUGGGGUCCAAUUAGACAAGAGAAGGUCAACUCCAGCUGGAUGGAUGGACAUCAAGUUUUGCAAGACCAACCUCCUCAUUGA